ACAACACCACGUAACCACGAUGAGCGGCAGCAAGAUAUCGUUGUCGCUCGGCGCAUCGCGCAAGCCUUUGCCGCCAAGUAAUGGAGUGAAGAGACCACGCGCGGCGCUACAGGACGAUGAGGAUGACGGUGUCGAAUUUGGCAAAUCUGAGCAAGUCUCACACUUUGACAAGACUGCGGGCGGCGCAAUCGACAGCAACAAGAAGAAGGUGGAUACCGGACCGCUAGUUAUCACAGCGCAAGCAAAUCGCGACUGGAGAGAAAAGGCGAACCAGCGCAAACGGCAGAAGAGCGGACUUCCUGAAGGCCACGGCAACAGCGCAGAACUGGAUGCGCGCAUGAGGGCCGUAGAGGCGAAAGUGGAGGCCAGCAAGCCCAAGUUUGGACUCAACACCUACAAGAAGGAGCAAAUUGAAGACGAGGAAAAUGCAGACACCGCGAUGACCGAUGGAGAUGAGAAUGUUGAAGAGCCUGCAGAGGCGGACAAGAGUGCGCUUGAAGAUAAUGGAGAGGGCGCAUCGAAGAAGACUGACGACGAACUGGCCAUGGAUGCAUUACUUGGAAAGACCACCAAAGAUACAACCUUGACUAUCGCAGCAUCCAGCGCGCCUAUGAGUGAGUCGGACGCUUUUAGCCACGAUUUUAGAUCUGCUCCCGCUAUGGCAUCUCUCGAUGACUACGCGCGAGUGCCAGUGGAGCAAUUUGGAGCCGCCCUGCUCCGAGGUAUGGGGUGGAAGGAAGGUGAAGGUAUUGGUAGCCAAAAGGGAAAGAAACUGCCCAAGGACAGUGGCAAGAUCCCAGAGCGAAGAGCAAACCUCUUGGGUAUCGGUGCCAAAGAAGAUGCCGCGAUUGCGCAGGAGAUGGGCGUUUGGGGGAAAGCAGCCAAGGGCAAAGAUGCCAAAAUCUACAACCCACUCCUCCUCCGCGAUAAGAAGACCGGUGCCAAGUAUACUGAGGAGGAACUUGAGAAGAAGAAGCAAGACGACGAGCGGAGGAAAUAUGAGAUGGAAUUCGACCGCAAGGAGAAAGAUCGAGAACGAAAGCGUAGAGAUGACGAUGACUACGACUCGCGUGACCGCCGUCGGGAGAAGGACCGAGCCUGUUCUCGCGACAGGCGCAAGCGUAGAGAGCGAGAGAAGGACGACCGACGCGAUCGAGAUGGAGGAAGGCGCAAUUACGACUCCGAGAGCGACGAGGAGUACCAUCGCCGCAAAGAAAAAGAGCGACGUAAGCGACGAGAGCGUGAGGAGGAGGAUUAUGAUCGCAGCGACCGUUCCAGACGCCAUCAUCGAGACCGAGAAGACGGCAGAGACCGACGUGAUCGCAGAAGAUAGACCUCUUAUGCAGCCAGAGAAUAAUAGCACAUGCUGACGAUU